CCAGGACACCCAGCUGCUGGUAGUAAACUCCGGGCGGGAGGAGGCUCCCGCUGGCUCCACGUUAAUUAGUUCAACACAGCACAAGGGGAGCAGUUGGUGUCUGUGGAGGGUCAGUGCUGGAUGGGACCAAAUCUUACAAAGCCACUUGCUGCUUCUUGCCAGCCGGCUGUAAAAGGACCCAAAGAGUCCAGGAGAGCUGGAUGAAUCCUGAGCACCAGCCACGGUCUGGUCGGCUUUUCCCUGUGGAGGAAGUUAAUGGUUUAAGUGAGGGGCGUCUGGAUCUGGUCCCUGAGUCACCAUGACACUCCUGGGGUCUGAGCACUCUUUGCUGAUUCGGAGCAAAUUCAGAUCAGUUUUACAGCUACGGCUCCAGCAGAGAAGGACCCGUGAGCAGCUGGCAGACCAAGGCAUCAUGCCACCACUGAAAAGCCCAUCUGCAUUCCAUGAACAGCGAAAAAGUCUGGAGCGAGCCAAGACUGAAGAUUAUCUCAAGCACAAGAUCAGAAGCAGGCCUGAGCGCUCAGACCUGGUCAACAUGCACAUUCUGCAAGACUCGGCUGCAGAGGGGUCCAUUCAGUCGACUCAAAUGAAGCUGAAAAGAGCCCGACUGGCAGAUGACCUCAAUGAAAAGAUCGCUCUCAGGCCGGGUCCUUUGGAGCUGGUGGAGAAGAAUAUUAUUUCCGUUGACUCUGCAGUGAAAGAGGCCAUAAAAGGCACCCAGGGCAGCUUCCCCUGCCCGGCCGACGCCUUCGCCUUCGAGGAGGAGGACAGCAGCACGGACGGGCUGUCCCCGGAGCGGCCCCGCAGCCGCGGCUCCCCGGGGCCCGCAGAGCCGCCCGCUGCCUCCAGGGACCCAGAGCCGCCCCCCGGCGCUGCCGGGACACCGCAGGAUCAUCCCCCCAGUGCCGAUGGCCACGCUCCGGACACAGCCCCGGGGCAGGGCAGCCAGUGUGACAGCCCCAAGCAGACGGGAGGGCAGGACAGCCCCACGCUCCCCGUGCCCUCUGCAGUGAAGUCCAAAUCAUCCACUGAUAGCAAGAACCGUCACAAAAAGCCCAAGGACACGAAGCCCAAAGUGAAGAAGCUCAAAUACCACCAGUACAUCCCUCCAGACCAGAAGGCAGAGAAAUCCCCUCCACCCAUGGAUUCUGCAUAUGCCAGACUGCUCCAACAACAGCAGCUCUUCCUGCAGCUCCAGAUCCUCAGCCAGCAGCAGCAGCAGCAGCAACAGCACUUCAGCUACUCCGGGAUGCACCAAGGACAGCUAAAGCAAUCAAAUGAACAAAUGGUCAAAAGUUCAAAUUCUUCAUCAACUUCUGUCAACAACACCCCUCUUUCUCCAGUGAAAACCACCUUUUCAGGCCAGACUUGUGUCUCGUCUAUCAAGCCAGGCCCUCUGCCAUCCAACCUGGAUGAUCUCAAAGUGUCAGAGCUGAGGCAGCAGCUCCGAAUACGAGGCCUGCCUGUGUCAGGUACCAAGACAGCGCUGAUGGAGCGUCUGCGGCCCUUCCAGGAGUGCGGCAGCAACACGGUGCCAAACUUCAGUGAGAUCACCACCGUCACCUUCCCAGUCACUCCAACAAGCACGCUGUCGAGUUACCAGUCGCAGUCCUCCACCAGCAUGUUAUCAAAUGGCUUCUACCACUUUGGCAGCACCAGCUCCACCCCACCCAUCUCACCCGCCUCCUCUGAUCUCUCUGUGAGCGGCUCUUUGCCAGACACUUUCAAUGAUGGGCCCAUGUCUUCCCCACAGUUCGGUCUCCAGCCAUCUCCAGUUCAUGGCAGUGCUGAAGAAAGCCUCAUGAGCAGCAUGAAUGGAGGGAGCAUCCAGCUGGAACUGGAAGGAAUUGACACAGAGAAAGACAAGAUGCUGGUGGAGAAGCAGAAGGUCAUAAAUGAACUGACGUGGAAGCUGCAGCAAGAGCAGAGGCAGGUGGAAGAGCUGCGGAUGCAGCUUCAGAAGCGAAAGAGAAGCAAUGGCCUUGAGGAGAAGCAGCAGUCUGCUCAGCAUUUCUUUGGUGUCCCCAUCAAGCAAGAAAACGCCGUGUCCAGCUGUCCAUUUGCAUCCAAACAAAAGGCCUCGAAAGGCCAGGCAGGCAGCUCGGACAAGCUCAGUAACCGUGCGGUGCCGCAGGUGCCCCACAUUGUAAACAGCCACUGCCUGGAGCCUGCGGGGCAAAGCACCAUCACCUCCUCGACAUUCCUGAGCCCGCAGUGCUCCCCCCAGCACUCUCCCCUCGGGGCUGCCAAGAGCCCCCAGCACAUCAGCCUCCCGCCGUCCCCCAACAGCCACUACCUGCUCCCGGUGUCCCCCGUGCCCGCGGACGGGCGCAGCGGGUCCCCGACCGGCAGCUCCUGCCUCCGCACAGCACCGCAGAUGACACGAAGUCAGCAGAUGGAUGAGCUCCUGGACGUGCUGAUUGAGAGUGGAGAAAUGCCAGCCACUGCCAAGGAAGAUCGGUCCUGCCUCCAGAAAGUACCUCAGAUAACGGUGUCUCCAGGGAGCACUGGUGCCUCUCUCCCCAAGCCCCCAGCCCCCUUCGAGCAGGUCCCCCCCACACCGCUGCCCUUCGAGCACUGCCCGGGCAGCAGCGACGCCCACCUCGAGGUGCUGCUGAACAGCCCCCUGGGCAGGGUCAGCGACAUGGCCCUGCUGAAGAUGGGGACAGAGGAGCCCCACUUUGAGGGGAUGAUGGAGGGGUUCUCUGGCAAAGCCGCAGAUGAACUGCUCAACUCCCAGGAGAUUUUACAGACUCCCCUCUCACCCAUGGAAACCCAGCUCUCCCCUUCCCCUGCUGAAGGCUCCAGUUUACAAAUGAGUUUCACUGAGUCUCCAUGGGAAACGAUGGAGUGGCUGGACCUCACCCCCCCCAGCUCUGCCACCGGCUUCGGGUCACUCACCCCCGUGGGUCCCAGCAUCUUCAACAUCGAUUUCCUGGAUGUUACCGACCUCAACCUGAACACCAGCAUGGACCUGCACCUGCAGCAGUGGUGAAGGGAGGUGCUGGGGGUGGAUGCUGUGAGCCUGCAGCAGGCAGUGCAGUGUUUCCGUUGUGCCGGAGAACAUGCAGGGCUAACGUGCCUCAUCCAGGGGAAACUGGAGUCAUUUUCCCAGCAUAUAAACUUGUUUGAAUUUCCAGUCACUGCAAAUUGACAGCACAACUCUGGUACUUUGGUUUUCCUCCAUUGACACAUCCCCACAGAGGACACCAGUGCCUGAAACAAAACUUCCUUUGAUUGUCAAGAACUUCAGUUUUCUUUCUUUAGUCUUUCCCCCCCCAGUUUUAGUAGUCACUCUCAUGAGAACUGGAGCAGCUCAUGACAAGACUGCGUGGUGAGAUGACCUCACCUGGGUGGUAACAGGAAAUCACGGAGCAAAGAGCCCAAUGUUGCCCUCUCCAAACCUCUCCUCUCCGACCCUCUCCGACCCUCUUCCUCUCCUUCUCCCUCUCCCUCUCCUUCUCCCUCUCCCUCUCCCUCUCCCUCUCUAUCCAAACUCUUCAGACAACCCUGCUGGCCUCACCUUGGCUGUGCCCAGGCCAUGGGUGUGGAGCAGGAGGCUCUGCCCAGCCUUGUCUCUUGCCUUGGCUCCUGCUUCCCUCCUCCUGCCCCGAAGCCGCAGUGCCCAGUCCCUGCCCAGCUCUGCUCAAGGGGGAUGAGAGAUGGAGACCACCAUGUUCAUGGUGGCACCUUGGCAUGUCCUGAGGGGCAAAAAGCCCAGGAGCCAUCAUGGCUGCAGUCUGAUCUGGAUCAGGCUGUGACCUUGGAGCAGGGAGCUGUGGAGGUUGGAGGCAGGUGUUCAGGAGGCGGGUGCAGGUAUCACAGGGAUGUGCCAUCCCGGUGGAGCGGCUGUGUGCCACAUCCACGGGACACACAGACAUGUGUGAUGUGUUUUGGUCCAAGGUAGGAGCAAAUGGUAUGAAAGAACCAGCUGGGCUUUGGAGGGGCUGUUCUGUGCACAGCCAGGUCAGGGUGAUCUUCAUUCCCCGCCUGAUCCAGGAGCAGGGGGAGCCAGACAGGGACAUUCAGUGACCGGCACAUGGAGCAGGGCUGCGGGUCUGUGUGAACCUCUGCUUGUGCUGCCUCCCCUCCUCUGCCAUCCACCCUCCAUCCUUCUUCCCAUUCCUCAGUCCUCAGCAGUCAUCCCCUUCUUCCUGAGUUUACUCGAGUGUCACUGCUCCCCCAGCCCAGAGCAAGGCUACCGGAGAACAGCUGUGAAUCACCGAGCCUGGAGGAGCCCGUUCUCCCGAAGCCGGCAGAGAAGGAAGCUCUCCCGCAGUGAUGCUCCCAUUUGGAAUCACCAGCAUGUCUCCUAUGAGUCUCUGUGCAAUAUUCUUCCUCAGGCUCUAGCAAGAAGGAGCCUUUGCUUCACUUCUUCGCUUCCACCAAAGAACUUGCUGCAGACUGUGUGACGGACACGUCUGUUCUUUGCAAUUCUGGUUUUGCCGAAGUAAAUAUUGUUGCUGACAAAGAUUGUUAAACUAUUUACAGACUGAGUGUAUUUAAUAUUUGUGUUACUGGAAGGACAGCACACGGAGAUGCAGCCACUGGGAGGAGGUCCAGCCUGGCCAUGGCUCCCGUGGCACUUCCCCAGGGUGCUGGAGCUGUCGGAGGCGGCUCUGCAGCCCCGGUGGGUCCCCAGUCCAUGGUGUUGUUGCAUGCUGUAUAAAGCACGUGGCAGUAGCUUUCAAAUCACUAUUUAAAGCACCACUUUUCUACUGUACAAAUGUCACAGGGCACUGCUAGGAUAGACAAUCACAGGUUGCCUUUUUUUAAAAAGAAUUUCUUUUUCUAAGUGAGAGAUUUUUAGAAGCCAGUCUGUGGAGAAUAUUCAGAGCACUUGACCCAGAGUAGUGUUAGCUGCUCCACUGCAGCCUUGUACAGGGCUUUCCAGGUAACUUUCUCCUCUCAGCAAAUGUAUUUCCUUAUUUAAAGGGAUGCUGUCAGCUUCAAACCUGUAAGCAAGCACAUUUCCUUACCUAUGUUACCAGCAACACUUUCAUUAUUAAAACCCUUGUCUUGCCACUCUG